GUGACGUGUUACCGCGGUUUAAACAUAUCCCGGGAAAAGCUCAGACGGAGGCUCUAAGAAGAACCAGAAUUGGAGUCGUUUAAUGUCAGUCCGUCAUGGUUCAGGAGUUCCACGUCGUUAGGUGCUUUUCCUGUCAGACCUUCCAGGUUCAACAGGUGAAAAAGGUGAACAAGUGGAGGUGUAAACUGUGUGGAGAGAAACAGUCGCUGCUGAAGGAGUUUGGACGAGGCUCUGGGAUUGACUGCAGACGCCAUGUUCAGAAACUGAACGCCAUGAGAGGCGUCAUGAUGGAGGAGCAGGAGUGCAACGCCUGGUCUCUAUGGGAGCAGGAGGGGGCAGAUGGAGAGGAUGAACCAGAGGAACAGAGAGACGACCUGGUGUCCGCACACACACACACUCAGACUCAGGUGAGCUGCUGGAGCAAAUACCUGGACACAGCCAAUGAGGACGUGGAGAAAGAGGAGGAUGUUUUGAUGGACAGGCAGCAGCCUGUGGUUGACAGGAAAAGGAAGAGAAGGGAGGAAUGGACAAACAGACAAGCAGAGGACAGCUGGACACCUGAACAGUCAAACUGGUCCAGUCUGAUGAAGAGGCCUGUUAAACCCUCAGCUAUAAACACAACCACCAGUCCUCCCAUCCUGAACAGCACCAGUCAUCCCAAUCUGAGAAGCACUAGUCCUCCCAGCCUGAACAACACCAGUCAUCCCAAUCUGAGAAGCACUAGUCCUCCCAGCCUGAACAACACCAGUCAUCCCAAUCUGAGAAGCACUAGUCCUCCCAGCCUGAACAACACCAGUCAUCCCAAUCUGAGAAGCACCAGUAAGAACAGCACCAGUCCUCCCAGUAAGAAAAGUGUUAACACUCCCAGUGUGAGUUCUGGUCCAGUGAGCAGAUGGGCUCGUUUUCUCAGUUCUGACUGUCAGGUGCAUGAAGAGGGGGAGGAGUUGUCUGUCAAUGGGAGGAGUCAGUCCAUGUGUGAGGCUGCCUCUCUGUCCCACAAUGACACCAUCCAACAGACUCCACCACUGGCCAGGCCCCACCCCAUGCUUACUGUUUCCUCCAUGUUUCAGAGUGGAGAUGACUUUGACGAUGAGUUUUUUACAUGCUGACGUUUUAGACAACUGACUAAUCAAUUAAUCAGCCAAUCGUUUCAGCUCUGAAUUAUCCAUUCACUAAAUCUGUGAAGUGUUGGAGGAUAACUGUCACUGUUAACAUGAACAUAUUCUCUUUGUAUUUAGACUAUAGACUGCAUGAAUGAGAAAGUGCUCAUAUGCGAACGCCUGCUUCUGAACAUGUGAGCAGAUUUAUUGAUCAGAAGGCAGUGAACUUCACUUUAAAUUUAAAAACUCCAGCAAGUUCAGUUCUUCAUGUUUUUAUUGUUCAGAUUAAACCAAAACAGCAAUAUGAAACGAAAAUAAAGAUGAGAAACCAUAA